AUGGAGGGAACGAGAAAGAGAUUAUUUAUUGUUUGUGUACUAAUGAAAUAUGUUGAUCAGUUGGUUAUUGUUACUGUUAAUGAUAAUAAUCAUUGUGAUAGUGGUAAUGAUAAUGAUGAUGAUGAUGAUUGUGAAGGAGCAUUGGAGCAGGACAUCAUCGACCCAAAUUCGACCGAUCAUCGUCGGAGUCAAAGCAGUGGUUGUAGUCGCUCAUACCCGGUUUCCUGUCGCAUGUCAUAUCGUAGAUUAGAUUAUUUUUCGUUGUCUUUUUGCAAUCAUUUCAGUUACUUGGCUAACUUAUCAUAUCUUAUGAUAUCUAAGUGA